AUGAGGGUCCUAGAUGAAGCUAAAGGAAUUGGGCUACCCAACUUCCUCCCUCGCACUGCCUUCCUUGUAAUUCUCCAAAAAAAGGUCAAGGAGAUAUCCAAAACGCCGGUUGAUUUCAUGGCGAAAGUGUGGGACUACAUCGAAACGGUGCUCAUAACUGUUUUCAUGAACCAUUGCGAAAAUUACCCUCAACUCCAAUCGGCUAUGAGGAGGGCGACCCAUAAUCUUGUAGCAAAGAUAAAAGAUGAAUCUUUUGAUAGAGUGAUGGAGAUUGUAGAGAUGGAGAAGCUCGCGGAUUAUACUUGUAGUCCGGAGUACAUGUCAGACUGGGGUAAGCUAAUGGCUCAACAGAAUUUGUUCAUGGAGGUCAUGAAUGAUUACUCCAAACCAACAAGGAUAAUGAUUGAAGGUUUCGGGGAGAUAGAGGUUGGGCAUCUUCGGGGUCAUUCAGAUGUUAGAGAGCAGGCAUUUGACAUGAAAAUGAGGAUCACUGCAUAUUGGAAGGUUGUCCUUAAAAGGUUGGUCGAUAGCAUGGCUCUGCACUUGCUGCUAUGCGUUCGGAACUUGGUUGACCAAGACAUGGAAGCAGAGAUUGUGAAUGAGCUUAUGGGCUCUCCAGUGGGUGGUCCAGGUGCAAUACAAAGGAUGCUUGAAGAAUCUCCAUCUGCUGCAAAAAAGCGCGAGAGGCUGAACAAGAGUAUCAAGUUGCUUAAGGACUCUAAGGAGGUUGUGGCUCAGAUCGUCGAUAGGAUCACUGUCGAUUAA